AUGAUGAAUAUUCGAACGUUAACUACAAAUAUUCCACGAAAAAGGGUCUCUAUAAUUGGAUCAGGUCCAUCUGGCUUCUAUACUGCUUAUCAUUUAUUAAAGAAAUCAAAAAUACCAUUACAUGUAACCAUAUGGGAGAAGCUACCUGUACCAUUUGGAUUGAGUAGAUAUGGUGUUGCUCCAGAUCAUCCAGAAGUGAAGAAUUGUGAAGAAACUUUUACUCAAUGUGCUGAAGAGAAUAUUCAAAAUAAUGGUUUACAUAAAUUUGAAUUUAUUGGUGGCAUUACAAUCGGUGAACAGAUAUCUUUACAGAAAUUGAUAUCCGAACAAGAUGCUGUGAUUUUGAGUUACGGUAGUUCUGGUGAGCAUAAAUUGAAUAUUCCAGGUGAAUCUGAUACAAAAGGUGUAUUUACAAGUAGAGAAUUUGUUAGUUGGUACAAUGGGCAUCCUGAUUAUGCAUUAAAUCCAAAAUUUAUGGAUUUUGAUUGGUCUCAUGUAUCGAAAGUUGGGAUAAUUGGUAAUGGUAAUGUUGCAUUGGACAUAUCUCGUGUUCUUUUAAGUAAUAAAAUUGAUGAGAUUUGGAAAAAAACUGAUAUAAACCCAGUUGCAAUAUCUUUAUUACAAAAGGCACCAAUAUCUAAUGUCAAAAUCAUAGGGAGAAGAGAUUUUAUCCAUUCAAAAUUCACUAAUAAAGAAUUAAGAGAAUUGUGGGCUUUAGAAAGAUAUGGAAUUCGUGGUAGUAUUUCAUCAGAAUUCUUUGACGUAAGUAAGUUUAGCUCAAUUAAUGAUCGUGCUCUUAAAAGAAGAAUUGAGAUCUGUUCAGAGUAUAUGAAGGAUUUUUCUGAAAGAACAAAGGCAAGUUAUAAGAAAUAUGAGCCAUUGGAGCUUACCUUAGAUGGGAGCACGAGAACCUGGGAAUUGGAUUAUCUUAAGGCACCGAUAAAGAUCGAUAAAGAUGCCAAUGGUAAUAUUAAACAAUUGACUGUUCGCAACCAGCUGUUAACAGAUGAGAACAAGCUGGUCGACGAUACAUCGAAAAGUGAUAUAGUUUACGGCUUAGAUUUGCUUAUAACAUCUAUCGGUUAUGCAGGGAAACCAAUGAAGGAGUUUUCUUCGUUGAACAUAAAAUUUAACAAGGAUAGAGUGAUCACAAAAGAUAACCGAGUUUUAUCUACAUCUGAUGUUGCCUUCCCAAGAUUAUAUGCCACUGGAUGGAUCCAAUCUGGUAGUCAAGGUGUGAUAGUUUCGACAAUGAUGAAUGCCUUUAAUGUCGCAGAUACAGUGAUAGCAGAUUUAAGCAAAAAUGAUUCCACGACAAAUUCUCAACCAAUUGAUGUGACCAAUAUUCCACAUACUACCUGGAAAGAUUGGGAAGAGAUAAAUAAGAGAGAAUUGGAUAAGGGUAAGCAAAGUGGAAAGCCAAGGGAGAAAUUCCUGACAUCCGAUUCCAUGUACAAACAUAAUUGA